AUGAAGCUUUCUUUCGGAUCAAUUGUGGCAGCUUUUGCUCUGUUGUCAUCUCCAAGCGCCUCCACCGACGCUUUUGUCCCGAAGCAACACAAGGCCUUUCAGCCCCGAUCGGUGGUCUUAUCGUCUACAACUACAGUUGCAGAUGUGCCAACUACUCCCAUUCAAGGGAUGAAACCGGGAACUUCGGGUCUUCGAAAGAAAGUAGAAGUUUGGCAAGGAAAAGAAGGAGACAAGUACUAUGUUGAAAACUUCAUUCAGAGUCUCUUGGAUACUGCAACCGAGAAAAACGAAGGCAACGUUCCAGAAACAAUCAUUGUGGCUGGCGAUGGUCGAUACUACAACGAUGAAGCCAUUCAGAUUAUCUGCAAGGUUUUGGCAGGCAAUGGGGUCAGCAAUAUCUGGAUACCCCAAGGAGGGAUCAUGUCUACACCCGCUGUGUCCUCUGCAAUCCGAACAAGAGAAGGAGGAAUCGCCGAUGGAGCCAUCAUCUUGACGGCGAGCCACAAUCCUGGAGGCCCUGGUGAAGAUUUCGGUAUCAAAUACAACGAAGCUUUUGGGCAGCCAGCCGGAGAAGACUUUACAGAUAAGCUCUACGAGAAGAGCCUUGAGAUUAGUAGCUUCAAAACUAUUGAAGGCGCAAGUGACAUAGAUUUAAACGCACCAGAAGGCACCACAUACCAACUUACAGAUGCCUCAACCGUGACAAUCAUUGAUCCUUUCAAGGAGUACAUUGAUGUGCUGAAGGGUUGCUUUGAUUUUGAAGCCCUCAGCAAGUUUGCGAAACGGCCAGGUUUCUCACUAUUAUUUGACGGUAUGCAUGGCGCUGGGGGUCCCUUUGCUCGAAAGGUUUUCUUGGAGGAACUUGGUCUACCGGAAUCUUGUUUGUUGCGCUGUGAUCCUCGACCAGACUUUGGAAAAUGUCACCCUGACCCGAACCUCGCCUAUGCUGCUGAUCUAGUAAAAAAGAUGGGGUUGGCGGCAGAUGGGAGUGCUGAUCCAUCUGCAGACAUUGCCGCACUUCCAGCCUUGGGCGCAGCCAAUGACGGAGAUGGGGACAGAAACCUCAUAGCAGGAGCUGGCUGUUUUGUCACCCCUUCGGAUAGUUUGGCGCUUAUUUGUGACAACUGGAGGGCCAUACCGCACUUUUCAAAAUCGGGUGGUCCCAAAGGUGUCGCCCGAUCAAUGCCUUCUUCGGGUGCUUUGGAUGUCGUCGCAGAGGCACUUGAUAUUCCAUUCUUUAGUACCCCCACCGGCUGGAAAUUCUUCGGCAAUCUUAUGAGCUCCAAGGAGCUAUUUGAUAAAACCGAUUACACCCCCUUCUUGUGUGGGGAGGAAUCGUUUGGAACUGGUUCCGAUCACAUCAGAGAGAAGGAUGGACUAUGGGCUGUAUUGGCAUGGAUGUCCAUUUUGAUGAAAGCCAACGAAGACGUGGCUGAAGGAGAGCCUCUUGUACAGGUACGCGACAUAGUGAACGAACAUUGGGCCAAGUAUGGUCGUCAUUACUACUGCCGGUAUGAUUACGAGGGUGUUGAGAGUGAUGCUGCAAACAAGGUGAUGGACUUGAUUCGUGAAGAGUUUGUCGAUGGAGACAUUUCGACUAUUUUAGCAGAUGAAUCUGGGAUCAAGCUGACAGCAGCCGAGGAAUUUGCGUAUACGGAUCCUGUUGAUGGAUCUCAAACAUCCAAACAAGGUUUGACACUUAGUUUCGAAUACCCAAGUGGAGAUCCUGCUCGAGUCGUAUACCGACUUUCGGGAACCGGAAGCGCAGGAGCGACAAUCCGCAUGUACCUCGAAAAGUUCGAAGGUGACAAAGCAAAGCAUGACCAGUCAGCUCCAACCGCAUUGAAAAGCCUCGCAGAUCGGGCUCUUCAAUUAGUGAAAAUGGAGGAGCUAACCGGACGGGAUUCGCCCACCGUUAUCACAUAA